CUUCAAUCGCCGUAUUUCUUCAUCGCCAAAUAAGUCCAAACUUCAUAUUCUGAAACUUCAUAUUCUGCAAACUGACGGCCAAUUGUUAUAUGUUUAUUUCGCAUUAAUCCCCUUUCUAAACUAUCUCCGAUUACCUUCUCUCCAAUGGCCGCUGCGACGCUCAAAGAACCCCUCCUCCCGCCAAUACCCUCAACGUCUUCUUCCUACUUCCCCGCCGCCAAUUUUGCCUCCACAAGCCGCCCCUUCAACCCCGGCGUGGAAGUCCUCGGCCUUAAGAAGCGCGGUCAUGGCUUUUGCUCUUGGAUCCGCGUCGACGCUAGAACAGGCAUCGCAGAAUCCAUCGAGCUCGACAAGUUCACGAUCAUGCGGCGCUGCGAUCUGCCCGCGCGCGAUCUCCGCCUCCUCGAUCCAAUCUUUGUGUAUCCCUCUACGAUCCUCGGCCGCGAGCGGGCGAUCGUAGUAAAUCUUGAGCAGAUCCGCUGCAUCAUUACUGCUGAUGAAGUCCUUCUUCUCAAUUCCCUCGAUCCGUACGUUCUGGAGUUUGUUGAGGAGAUUGGGCGCCGUGUGCCCGUUAGGAACAAGGAUGCUGCUUCCUUCGGUAACCGGGCUGCGUCGCCGGAUUGCCUGCCGUUUGAGUUCCGAGCACUUGAGGCCGCGCUUGAGGCUGCUUGCACGUAUCUGGAUUCGCAGGCUGAAGACAUACAAGGCGAGUCAUAUCCUUUCUUAGAUCAACUAACAUCCACGAUCAGUACCAAAAACUUGGAACGAGUUCGUCGAUUAAAAAGCAGACUCGUCACUUUGACCAGAAGGGUUCAGAAAGUGAGAGAUGAGAUUGAGCAGUUGAUGGAUGAUGAUGGUGAUAUGGCAGAAAUGUACCUCACGGAGAAGAAAAUCCGGAGGGAAAACUCAUUUAAUGGUGGUCAGGCUUUGCUAACCUACAAUUCUGUUGGCCCUAGAGUAUCGUCUUCUGUUCCUGUUAGUCCUGUUUCUUCCCCACCUGAAUCUAGGAAGCUUGACAAAACCCUGAGCCUUGCCUUUAGCAGGCAUAGUAGCAGUACACGCAGUUCAGAGAGUGGUGCUCAAAAGAUACAGGAGCUUGAAAUGUUAUUAGAAGCAUAUUUUGUAGUUAUUGAUAACACUUUAAACAAGUUAAAUUCGCUGAAGGAAUACAUCGAUGACACGGAGGAUUUCAUCAACAUUCAGCUGGACAGCGUUCAGAAUCAGCUCAUUCAAUUUGAGCUGCUCCUAACAACUGUGGGGUUCAUUACUGCUAUAUUUGGUGCGGUUGCUGGAGUAUUUGGCAUGAACUUUGAAGCACGAUUGUUUGAGGAACCAGGUACAUUCCGAUGGGUACUUGUUACCACUGGAGCUUGUGGGCUGUUGAUAUUAUUAGCCUUACUUUGUCUUUUCAGAUAUAGAAAACUAAUGCCGAUGUAAUGAUAGAAUGAAAUUCUGGUGAUGUUGGAUAUUUGUACCAAAUUCAUAGUUUGAUCUUUUGGAGAAUAAGGAUAAUAGUUAUAUAAUAAUGAAAUUAGUAUAUCACCAUUUCGUGAAAAAAAAACCAUUGCUAUAAACUUGUAAGAAUAAUAUUUUAUA